AUUUAUUCCUAUCGGACGACGCUGGAACGCGCGUGCAAAUGCAAUUUUUGUGUACUAGUUUUCCUCACUCACAAAAAUUAAUCGACAAUUCGAUUACUGGGUUGUGUAAAUUUAUUUAGAUAAUUUCACAUAGUUGCUGUGGCAAAUAUUACCUAAAUGUCGUAUACGAUUGGUUUUAAUCAACAACAGUGAUGUGAUAGUGUAGAUUUCAAUAAAACUGGCGCAUAUUGCAAUGUCGGCUAAAGACAAGUGGGUACGCCGGUUCUCGGUUGACGAAACAGCAAAACACAAGAAUGGAUUUACUAUUUACAAGAUUACUUCUGUGUUGUUCCCGAUCCAGUCUCCAGAGGCUCUGACAGUGGUAUCGGUGUGGAAGAGGUACAGUGAUGUCCAGAGACUACACAAGAGCAUGCGCUCCCUACAUGCAGGGUUACACCUGCGGGGCACCUUCCCAUCUCUACCACGAUACAGCUUCUUCAAGAGAUUCCAGCAGGAGGUGAUCACGGAGCGAGCUAAGACUAUAAAGUCUCUGUUGGAGUUUGUAGCUGAACACCGACUGCUAUUCACCAGUACUGAUUUUGUCAACUUCCUACAGACCGGCUACCCUGAACCGACGCCUCAAGCAGGCGGAGUAAUCAACGCGAUCAGAUCAUCCUUACACCUGCCCAUAGAGGAGACACCUCCAUUAGAGUAUCAGACUGAUGAUGACGAUACUUCUACACCUACACACACUGCACGAGCAGCCACAGAGUCGUCGCACGCAUCCAUCACAAGUCGAGACGAACCAGACUUCAUCUCACAAAUACCCAUCUACGAAGCAGCCGACGUCGAGAUCCGACGCUCACCGAAAAAGGUCUCGCCGACCGACAGCUUCGAAUCCAUCAACUCAAUAGAAAGCAUCGACAGCGACCUCUAUGACGAACUAAACAAACUCACAGUGGAUAAAAAGCCCAGUGUCAAAACUAAAUCAGUGUUACCAGACUUAAUAAUAUUCGAUGCACCGUCAACGUCAAAAUAUGAUGAUUUUGAUACAGUGUCUCUAAGUUCUAACGUUUGUUCCUCGACUUCUUGUGAUGUGGACUCUAGACGGAGUAGUUCGCGAGUGUCGUUGUACAGUAAAAGUGUUGUGUCCUUGUCUAACGCGGAGUGUAAGACGAAGACGGAGGAUAGUUAUGUGUUUGAAGCUGGGUAUAUGUUGAAUCUGGCGGCGCGGUGUGAAGAUAUGGGCGACUACCAGCGCGCCUUCGAGUGUUACAAGUCUGGUAUUGAGAAGAUGCUUAUUGGUGUACAAAUAGCUCAACCCCCGCCUGCCCGGCGGCCGGUUGACCAGCGCGUGCGACGAGUGCAGGAGAGGGUGCGGGCGCGCGGGGGUGUGCAGCGUGCUCUUAGCCGCCCGGCGCGAGCGCGUAUGACGGGGCGUUCAAGAACGAGACAACACACCCCAGCAGAACUCGUCGCACGCGCCGCCCGGCCGCCAGUAGCCCCGUCAACCCCUGCUUGCCCGCACGUUAGUUUUAAUGUCGGAGAUACGCGCGCGCUACGUAAAAAUGACUACCAGGCGACGAAAUUCAAAUCAGAACUCGAAGAGGAAGUGUUAGAGUUCUUUCGGUGUCAUCUUCUUGCGUGCACAAGGGAUACCGCCGGAGUUUACGAUGAUAAUGACACGGACCCACAGCGGCGGGCGCUGAUCAAGGAAAAGACGAACAAGUACCUCUCGUACGCCGAGGAGAUCUACAAGAACCAUCUCUGUGAUACUGAACAAACACUACUACCGGAACGCGACGAGCCGCUCCGUCCCCUUCACUGUCCGAUCCCGCUGUCCAUGCUACGACGGCCGUACGAGGAACUAGCGCUGUACAGAGUACUUGAUAUACUCGGCUCCAGCAUCAUGCUCGUACUACACCGGACUGAACAAGCCUACUAUGCCAUGAAGGUGAUCCAAAAAAUACCGAACAAUCUCACAGAAUUUGACGAAUUCUUCCUUCAACGGACGAAUGAAACUCGACAGCCGGUCCUACCAACAGUUAUACCAUACAUGGUGCCCUUACAAGCGUACAUAGAAACAAACAACUUAAUAUUUCUAAUACUAUCCUACGCUCCGGGAAAAAAGCUUUUCGAAUACAUCAAGAACUACUCAAAAUCCUUACCCACGACACCGGCUAGAGAAGUCAACUUAGAAAAUGUCUUCACAGAACCAAAAAAUAAGAAUUUUGAGAAAAAUGACAACAAUUGCGACAUUGAAGAGGCAACGAAUAAUAAUAAAGAGUUGUCUGUCAACGAGUUAGUGUUGAAUUCCCAGAAACUGCUGUUAAAUGUUGAUAAAGUUCUGUGCGAGUCAUCGGCUGAGGUAACGACCAGUGAAGGCGAUUGUAAGGUUGAUAACGCUUGUGAUACUACUCCUAGCAUUAAAAGGUCUCCGUGCGGCGGGCGUGAGCUGCCCGCGGCGGCGGUGUGUCGCUGGGCGGCCGAGAUACUCACCGCGCUGCACUGUCUGCACAACGCCGGCGUUAUAUGCAGACACACACUCACUAAUCUUAAACUGAAUACUAAAGAAAACUUCUCCAUCCGCAGAGACCUGAACCCCUCAAACAUUCUCCUAGGCGACCGUGGCCAGGUUAUCCUGACCUACUUCCAGUACUACCCGGGCUCGGACAUGCGGGUCUCGGUACUCCGGCCGGGUUCCACGCCGCGCCCCCAUGUAGCGCCCGAGAUAUAUACCAACACGUUGGAUGAGACGCCCGACUUGGACCAUGUUUGUGAUUACUGGAGCUUCGGAGCUGUGCUGUAUGAGCUCGUUUGUGGGAUCCCGCUGUCCCAUUACCACGGCAGUUUGUUCACGUCGCACACCAUCCUGCAGCUACCUGACGGACUACCGCUGGAGACGCAGUCCAUUCUCACACAGCUCCUGACCUACGAGCCAUCAGAACGCCUGGGCGCGGGCAAGGACGGCGUCGAGGAGAUCAAACGUCAUCCAUUCUUCAAACACAUAGACUGGCAACAUGUCUACGACAGCUGGGCGGCGCCCGACUGACGGGGAACUGUUACUUAGUGGGCGUGUAGUGGACUAAAUACAGGCAAAAACCAUUUCGAAAUCAAAGUCAAAGCAUUUAUUUAAAUUAAUCCUCAAUUAGGUACUUUUCAAACAUUUAAAUUGAUUGAUUUCUUUUUAAUAAAACGUUGCCUCACACUAGGAUUUUCUCCUGUUUC